AUGCAUCUACAAGGGCCUGUCAUCGCCGCUGUGCUAUUCAGUCUUGCAAAUACUCGCGCGGAGUAUGUCGAUCCUCGCGUUCUAGACAGUUGCCCAGGGUACAACGCGACCAAUAUCCAGACGACCGGGGCGCACCUCACGGCCGACCUUGUCCUCGCCGGGGCAGCGUGCAACGUAUUUGGCAACGACACGGCGAAGCUGUCGCUGGAAGUGACAUACGAAGCCGAGACGCGUAUUCAUCUAAAGAUCACCGAUCCGUCCGAGGUUCGUUAUGAAGUUCCCCAGUCCGUUCUGCCGCGCCCGUCGGCGAGGGAAGACCUGUCUGUCUCCGACGCGCUGAUCAGGUUCAACUACACCGCCGCUCCGUUCUCGUUCAGCAUCUUCCGUGCCGAGACCCAGGAAAUCCUGUUCUCCACCGCGUCCCACCCUCUCAUCUUUGAGCCUCAGUAUCUGCGCGUGAAGACGAACCUCCCCGCGAACGCAAAUGUCUAUGGCCUCGGCGAGCACACGGAUCCAUUCCGCCUCGACACGGCGAACACGACGCGCACCAUGUGGUCGCGCGACGCGUAUGGCAUCCCGGUGGGCACGAACCUGUACGGGAAUCACCCCGUCUACUUCGAACAUCGCCCGACCGGGACGCACGCAGUGUUCCUCUUGAGCUCGAACGGGAUGGACGUGAAGAUCCGCAACAACGAGACGGCGACUGGGGCGACUACGCUCGAGUACAACGUGAUUGGAGGGGUCCUUGAUUUCUACUUCCUUGCGGGGAGUACAACUGAUCCUGCGGAAGUGGCGAGGCAGUAUGCGCAGGUGGUUGGCACUCCUGCUGAGGUUCCAUACUGGUCGUUUGGCCUGCAUCAAUGUCGUUUUGGAUAUCAAGAUUUUGUUGAUGUUGCCAACGUCAUUACCAAUUAUUCUUUGGCGUCCAUUCCUCUCGAAACAAUGUGGACCGAUAUCGAUUAUAUGUACAAGCGCAGGAUCUUCACAACCGAUCCCGAUUAUUUCCCCACAUCAAGAAUGCGAGAGAUCGUCGACUAUCUGCAUGCCCACGAUCAGAAGUUUGUUUUGAUGACCGACCCUGCAGUCGGUUAUCUACCUGGCGAAAAUUAUGGCCCUUACGAUCGAGGCACUGAUUUGGAUGUAUGGAUCAAGGCUCCGAAUGGAAGUGCCAGCUUAGGGCUUGUCUGGCCAGGCUACAUCUUAGAUUGGUUUCAUCCACAAAUCACAGAAUACUGGAACAAUGAAUUCCAGUUGUUCUAUAAUCCGGAAACCGGUUUAGAUAUCGACGGCGCUUGGAUCGACAUGAACGAGCCAUCCAGUUUUUGCACAUAUCCAUGCGAUGACCCAUUCGCUCAAGCGAUCGCGCAAGACCUCCCGCCGCCUCGCACAGUUGCGCCUCCUGAUCCCAAUGCGCCUAUCUUUGGCAAUGACAAAUCCAAGAGAGCAGCCCCUAGCCACGAGGGUCAGGAUGUAUUGAAUCCCCCGUACAAGAUUGAUAAUGCCGCUGGCGUACUAUCCGACAAGACAGCAUAUAGCAAUGUUGUGCAUGCCAAUGGGCUCAUUGAAUACGACACGCAUAACAUGUAUGGGACGAUGAUGUCCUCCGCUACGCACGACGCAAUGCUUGCUCGACGUCCAACCCUGCGUACGUUGGUCAUCACCCGCUCAACCUUCGCAGGUGCAGGGAGCAAAGUCGGCAAGUGGCUUGGGGACAAUAUGAGCACCUGGCAGCACUACCGCCUCUCGAUCGCUGGUAUGCUAGGCAUGGCGAGUGUCUACCAGAUUCCAAUGGUUGGCAGUGACAUCUGUGGAUAUGCGGCGAAUACGACGGAGACGCUCUGUGCUCGAUGGGCAAUGCUGGGGGCGUUCUACCCUUUUAUGCGGAAUCACAACGCCGAUACGUCGAUCAGCCAAGAAUUCUACCGUUGGCCACUUGUGACCCAGGCAGCGAAAAGCGUGCUCGACAUUCGGUAUCGCCUCAUAGAUUACAUCUACACGGCAUUCCACACCGCUCACACUGACGGGACGCCCGUACUCAACCCGCUUUGGUUCAAGUACCCGCACGAUGUAGCGACGUACCCGAUAGAUCUUCAAUUCUUCUAUGGCGACUCUAUACUUGUCUCCCCCGUCACCGAGGAGAACUCGACGUCAGUGACGUUCUAUCUACCAAAGGACCGCUUCUACGACUUCGCCACUCUCGCUCUGGUCGAUGGCCAAGGGGCUAACGUGACCCUUGAUAACGUCAACUUUACCACCAUUCCUCUGCAUAUAAAAGGCGGGGCCGUCUUGCCCCUGCGGGCGACUGGGGCCAUGACCACAGCGGAGCUCAGAAAGACAGACUUCGAGUUUGUGGUCGCGCCGGGCUUGGAUGGAAAGGCGACGGGGUCGUUGUACAUCGACGACGGAGAGAGAAUUGUUCAAAAGGCGACCACAACCGUGGCGAUGACGUAUCAACAGCGCUCCUUGACAGUCACGGGCCAGUUCGGAUACCACGCUGAUGUCAAGGUCGCCCGCGUGCUGUUCCUUGGCGUCGAUAAAGCUCCGCAAAAGGUCGAGAUCGAAGGGCGCGGGCAUAGUGGCCCUGCACCCUUUUCAUACGAUUCGAAGACGAAAGUGCUCCGAGCAGAGGUAGCAGUUCCUCUCCAAAACUUCCAGAUUCACUUCUCUUGAUUGCUGUUAAUUUCGAACACUCAUACCAAUCAGACCUAAUUCGAUUGGAAUCGUAUAGGAGCCAAUACACACACUGAUGUAUAUCUGAUUAUCUAUAGCAAUACUCAACACCAUUGUAAUUACC